AUGAGCGACGAAAUUACCACCAGCAGCAGCUCGCCGCCUGCGCCUGCGCCUGCCUCCCCGCUGGACAACGACGAUCUCCUCGAGGAGAUCCUUCUCCGUCUCCCACCGCAGCGGUCCUCUCUCCGGCGCGUCUCCGCAGUUUGCAAGCGCUGGCGAGGCCUCGUCGCUGACCCCAGGUUUCUCCGCCGUCGCUUGGAGCCGCCCCGCCUUGGCGCCCUCGUCUGCAGCGACAAGGAGAUUGUAUUCACCCCCAUCCUUGACCUCACGGAGGGCACCCCUUUGGAGCGUUUUGACCUCGGACACUGCAGCAAUCGCCGUCAUUACCGUGUGCUCGAUUGCCGUCACGGCCGUGUCCUCGUCAAAGACAACCGGCAGACAGAGCUUGUUGUGUGCGAACCCAUUACAGGUGAGCAACACCGCGUGCCGAUUCCGGCAGAAUUCAAGUGGGUCCGUGGCCACCUCAACGGGGUGGUGCUUUGUGCCGCCACGGCGCAUGACCGCAUGCACGGUAUCUGCCAGUCCAGCCCAUACAAGGUUGCACUGAUGUCCAUGUAUGAAACUGACUUCAGAGUCAUCGCAUGUGUUUACUCCUCAGAGACUGGUAUAUGGGGUAGUUACGUCUCCACAUCGGCUCCACGUUCGAGUUUUUAUGCUCAUAAUCAUGGAACCCUAACUGGUAGUGCCAUUUACUGGUUGCCCAUGAAAGAUCACAUACUUGAAUUUGAUUUGGAUAGAGGGACACUUGCCAUGAUCAAGGGGCCUGGUCUUAAUGAACCCCACAAACAUCGGAUCAUCAAAGCAGAGGAUGGUCAUGUUGGUCUUUUCGUGUUAACUGAAUAUAGCAUUCAAAUGUGGCAGAUGAAGGUCAAUUAUCAAGGUGUUACCACAUGGUUGUUGCGGAAUGCUGCAAUUCAUGGGAUCUCUCCUCGGGUUAAGAUAAAAAAGACACGAUUGCUUGGGUAUGAUGAGGAUACUGAAGCAAUAGUUCUAAAUAUGCGCGGGGGAGUCUAUAUGGUUGAACUCAAGUCAAUGCAAUGCAAGAAACUUCAUGAAGUCACUAAUUAUGCAAGCUGUCGCUAUUAUCCUUUUAAGAGUUUCCGUCCUCCAGGCAUAGGCAUUGCUGCUGGAUGUGAUGGAGCUGAAGCGUGGCACGGUGCAUUGGGAUGAAUGUUUCAUUUUUUGAUUUAAUAUAAUGUGCUGAAAUCGUUCAGCAAGUAAGAAUAUCACUUGAAUAUAGUUUGUGAGAAUUAAACUGUUUUAGUUUUUCACAAGCAUGUUCAUCACCAUAGAUCGAUUGU